AUGCUUCGACAACCUCUGAGGACCGAUUUGAGGCCUUUGAGGCACCAAUCUCUCUGUUGGAGACCGUUCCUCCCGACACCCAUCCGUCCCCGAUACCUGAGCGAUUGGAAAUCCGGUCCAGCCCAACGCUACGCUUUCGAUAAACCUAAUUCCCACCGCAAACGCGAACCUCGAGGCCAACAUAAUGAUGGAGGGUCAAAGGUCACACUGGAUGUGAACUCUUUGGGUCAGCCAGGACAAAUCGUUGUCGUGCCUGGGCGUGGGCGUCGAAGGUUGUACCGCAACCGCCGCGACCAUGCCAGCAAUAGUGACAACAAUACAAUCAGUUCCAUGCUAGACGAUCUUGAUGAAGAGAACUCAGAUCCCACGGCUGAAACAAUUCAGAAGGGAAUUGAUGCGAGCCGUGAACCACAUCAGCCAGGAGACACGUUGGCGACUGGCGAAUUCGAAGCACUGCGCUCUAAACUUACAUCAUCAUUCACCCAUAGGCAGCUGGCCGAGUAUGUUUCAGACCAACAAGACAAGAGCGUGAGUCUUACGGAGACGAAUUGGACAUGGAGACCGUCCGACAAAAUAUCGGAAACGGCAGGGACCAAAGCACACCAGGGAAAAGCUCGGCUUGCAGAAAGGAUAGUCCGUGACUGCUGGCAGUUGGCAGUUCCUGCGGAGCGUGGACAAAUGGAGUUUCAAUUAGAGCCCGAGUUUAUGUCCUUGCUCCUUCAUGCUGAACAUUUCUCCUUCCAUGAGCUGGCCAGUCUCCAUGGCUGCACCAUUGAUGUGACACCAUCUGCUGGCCGAGUGACACUUUAUGGAAAGCGAAACGCGUGCGAAUCUGUCCGUGAGAUCAUACACGAUGCUACUGCCAGAACUCGCGAAGAGGAUGUUGGCAUCAACCCUUACAUCCUCGAAGAAGGUAUCAAUCAGGUCUUCACCCCGGACUUUUUGAAUUGGAUCAACACUACAUACGGUGUGUUUGUGGAACACAAAGCUCACCGCACACCUGAGAAAAUAUUUUACCUUGCUGAGAACAAGUUGGGAGCGGAUAAUGCCCGAAGAGCCUUGAACUUGGCAAUCGCCAACUCGACACUUCCGUCGGCACAUUUCUCUACAUAUCUACCGGCUUCAGAGCUUGCCACUGUCUACAGUUACAGUCCGGAAGAAAAUGCUUCAUGGUUUGACCGACAGAAGUCAUGGUUCCGGUGGGCAAUGUCUUCUAGCCAAAGCGCACAGGCAGAAAAUCUCGAGACACCGUUCUUUGAUAAGCACCAGACACGUCUGUCUGAUGAACUGCUAAAACUACUCAGAGACACCUCAACGUUGAAGAGCGACCCGCAAAUUACACCUGGCCUUCAAGAAACCGUGACGGCCGAGGUUGGGAGGUGCCUUUUCAUGCAAAAGUCCUCGUUUGAGGAAACAACGAUGAGUCCAGCGCAAUUAGGAAGAUUGUCUCUUCCACGGACUUUCACCAACGACAUCCCUUUGAUCUCGAGAUUCCUCGAUUCCCUUUCACCCUCCUCCCAAACGAAAGAUUCAGUGCCAUAUCGCAUCCGGUUGACGCCAACUGCCGAUGCGGGUACCUUCCCUGAACUCGAAAUCACCCUGAUCACCAAGCGCCACAAGGACAUUCAGAACUCAGAUGAUGCUUUCGAGAUUCAGAGUGUAAAAGCUAUUCUCGCAACCAAUUCUGUUGAUUACCUUCUCCCAGAGAACGGCCUGGAUCUGCGAUUUACGAGAACCAUUUCUCGAGAUCUCUUGCACGAAAAUUCUUGUCCAUCAGACUUCCAAACGAUGCUGCAGGAUAUCAAGCAAUCCCUUCGUAGCUCGUUUAUGGCCGGUGGUGUUUCGCGUGGCCCCCUGUCGCCAUUCUGCAAGAUCUCUAUUCCAAAUGAUGUUCAGAAGGUUAUCCGAUCAUCACACAAGCCGACACCAAAGAAAUCGCGGGAUAGCGAAAUCCAGGGGAGCAACACCACCGUUGAAUACAUGUUUCCUCCUCUCAAUGAAGUUCGAGGUACUGCCAUUCAAACAUACGAAUUCGGUGACCGAAACCUCGAGUACCGUCAUUACGAGAGUGGUCCAUUGCUUGCUGCCCGUUCAAACGAGGUUUCUCUUACCACUCAAAUUCCUCAUGGCGACCCGACCUCGGAAAGUGACCAAGCCCAAGAGCUUCUCCAUCAUAAUUUCCAUUCGUUCUAUAACACUUCUUCUGACAUGGCUUUCAAAAUCCAUGGAAGCAGAUAUCUGGAUUAG